UUGUACUUUGACCAUCACUCCCGUUGUCAUUACUGUCAUCCUUCGAUUCUCCAACACCUGUUCUCCCUGCGGCACCCUUUCGUUCUCUUUCUUUUUCUUUCGCCACUUGUCGCUUCCUCUGAACCGCCGCGCAAGAUGGGCAACUGCGCCUCCCAGUCAGACAAAGAAGAGAAGGCACGGUCAGAUCUGAUAGACAAACAGCUGGAGGAUGACAGCAAGAAAUUUAAAAAGGAGUGUAAGAUACUGUUGUUGGGAUCUGGGGAGUCGGGCAAGUCUACGAUUGUGAAGCAAAUGAAGAUUAUCCAUCAAGGCGGUUUUACCUCUCAGGAAUUGGAUUCGUAUCGAGGAACGGUGUAUAAAAAUGUGCUGGAGUCGGCACAGGCUAUCGUUCAGGCUAUGAGGAAGAUCGGGGUCGACUGCGAGAAUUACUCGAAUCGAGUACUGGCAGAGAAAAUUCUCGACUACCGGCUCGACGAAACUACUGCAUUCACCCUUUCACCCGAAAUGGCAGACGCCAUCCAUCAACUAUGGCAAGAUCCCAUCAUAUCGCCAAUGAUGGAAGAACAUUCAAGCGAGUUCUACCUUAUGGACAGCGCCUCAUACUUUUUCACCGAAGUCCUUCGCAUCGGUGCGCCAUCAUAUAGGCCUACCGAGACCGAUGUCUUGCGCGCACGGGCGAAGACAACAGGCAUCACAGAAACGCGGUUCAACAUGGGCCAGCUCCAAAUACACAUGUUCGAUGUUGGCGGUCAACGUUCGGAACGGAGAAAAUGGAUACAUUGUUUCGAGAGCGUAACAUCCAUCAUCUUUUGCACGGCGCUGAGCGAGUACGAUCAGGUGUUGCUGGAAGAGCGGAAUCAGAACCGGAUGGCCGAAUCUCUUGUCCUUUUUGAGUCGGUUAUCAACUCCCGCUGGUUUCUUCGGACGUCUAUCAUUCUCUUCUUGAAUAAGAUCGACGUUUUCAAGAUGAAAGUGUCAAGAGUGCCUCUUGAGCGAUACUUCCCCGAGUAUACUGGCGGAAAUGAUGUCAACAAGGCGGCGAAGUACAUUCUCUGGCGGUUCAUGCAAGCGAACCGAGCCAGACUCAGUGUGUAUCCCCACCUGACACAAGCGACCGAUACGACGAACGUACGGUUAGUGUUCGCCGCAGUGAAGGAGACGAUAUUGCAGAAUGCUCUGAAGGACUCAGGUAUUCUGUAAAACGGCGGGGAUAUAUAUUUUUUCUUUGAUUUACUCGGUUUGUCUUGUAUCUGUUGUCCUCACUGCAUGUCCUUGCCUGCUAAUCAUGUUCCC